AUGUCGCAGUUGAUGUUUUGGAAUAAGCAAAACAACAACAAUAACACAAAAAAUCAAUCAAAUGAUAAUAGUAAAAACAACACCAACGGUGCGACGGAGGAGGCGAAAAAGGACAAACGCAAUUGGCUGCACACGCCAGAUGCGCUCGUGAAUGGCCACGUCGUCUAUCUAGUCAAGUUCUUUGGUAAUUUACCUGUGGAGCAGGCCAAAGGCAUUGAAGUGGUCAAAGAUGCCAUACGCAAAUUGCAAUUCGCACAGGAGAUGAAGAAAGCCGAAACGGGUACUCAGGAAAAGUGUAAAAAGGUCGAGAUCACCAUCAGUGUGGAUGGUGUUGCCGUACAAGAGCCACGUACACAGAAAAUUCUACAUCAAUUCCCGCUCCACAAUAUAUCGUAUUGUGCAGAUGAGAAGGGUGUGAAGAAAUUUUUCAGUUUUAUUGCGAAAACAGUUAAGCCGAUAGAUGGCGGCGUUAUGAACGGUAGCACCGCCAUGACAGGUAGCAAUGGCGUGAGCAGUUCCAUUGGCAAUAACAGCACUGGCGGUAGUAAUACGGAGGAGACACAUGAGUGCUUCGUAUUCAUUUCAAAUAAAUUGGCGUCAGACAUUACACUGACCAUUGGACAGGCGUUCGAUUUGGCCUACAAAAAAUACAUAAACAGUGUGGAAAAGACGGAUUUGGGAAAGGCACAGCAGCAAAAUGUCGAGCUGGAGAAAGCGCUAGCCAUUUAUAAAAGUCGACUGCGCGAAUUAUCAUUAAAACUGCCAAAAUCCGAGUUGGAUGCAAUGCUAUUCAAAAUGGGUAUCAAAGAUAUUCUGGAUUUGCCUGCUCCGGAGAAUGGAGCUUUGACCAAUGGCAAUGGCAACAAAGCGAAUAUGCUUGAGGACAAAUUGUUGAUUGACACAAACUCGACGCAUUCAAUGAAAUCGUCAUCCGGCUCAUCGUCAUCCUUUGUGCCAAUUGUGCCGCCGCGCAACAAUACACAAAACCAAAUUAUACAUAAAUCGAAUAGCCAAAAAAUGGAGGAGUUGCUGUUAAACUCUGAUUCCGAUAGUGAUUUUGAUCCGCGCGCCGAUGAGUGUGUCGAUGGCGGUAGCAGCAGCAGCGGUGGUGGCGGAAAGAACAUCAGUAACGAUCUGUUCGGCUUUGAGCCGUCCAAAUCAUAUGGCCAACAAUUGUUCACCAAUCAGAACAAUAAUAUUAUUAACAAUAACAAUGAUAGUAAAUCGAUGAACAAUAAUCACAAUGGCAUUAAUUUAAAUUUGAACAGUGUUAGUGUCAACAACAGCAACAACAACACCAGCAAUGGAUUUUCAAAUGAUCUAACGCCACCAUUACUGGCACCUCCACCUAAAGUGGCCGCACCUAGACGCAGUACAUCGGUCACGAACAACAUCACAAGCAACAACAAUAAUAACGUAGCCGUGACCAACGGCAAUACGGAUUUAUUCGGCUCAGAUCCGUUCGAAAUAAAUAAUGGGCCCAGUAUUUUCAAGAGUAAGAUGAUGAGCGUCGAUGACUUUACGUUGGAAAGUUUAGAUCCACUGAGGAAGUGAAAUUGUCAAACCACUCUAAGCGGAAUCGAUGCCUCUUAAUACUGUUAUUAACGCUAACUGCAACGCUUCCAAUAACGUAACAACUUCUAAAGAAAAAAGUAACUGCUCUGAACGAAUCUCUAUGGCAUACGAGUAAGCGACGAACGCCCCUGCAGCAAAGCGUUCCAUAAUAAUUAAAAAAAAAAAAAAGAUACAUAAAAAAUCUUAAAACUGUAAUAUGUUUGCAUCGAAUAGAUAUUUGUAUACAAUUACUUAUUUAGAUUUGUGUACAUACGGAUGUAUUAGAUAAUUAAGUUUGCAUAAUCCCGCUUGUAACGCCACGGUCUUGAAAAAAUAGUGAUACAUUUGCACAUACGUGUACACACAGACAAACACAAACACUUAGAACAUUUCCAUUGAUUGGCCACUAAUUGCGGCAAAUUUAAAUUGCCAACUAAAUUCGUAUUUCCUGUUCUCAAUUUAUACGGUUAUUUAAUAUACGUAUAUAUGUAUAUACUCUCAAUUCUUUAGAAAUCACUAGAAAAUAUUAAUUUCACCGUUAUUUGAUGUUCAGCUAAUUGCGAUGCAAUAUCGAAAAGUUUGAAAGAAACUAAAAAAAAAUUAUGAUUUGUAUUUGAUAUGUAUUAUUUUAUUUAUUAUGCAUUUUAAUUAUGAAUAUAAAUAUUAUAUAUGUAUGUAUAAACUAUUGAUUUAUUGUUUUAUUAUAAUUAAAAAUGAAGUAUGAUGAAGCUGAAGAGAAAUUCUAAUUAUUUUGUUUGAGUAAAGUGAUAGUAUCUAAAACAGACUCCAAUUUCUCUAAAAUCUACCUUGCACUCCAAAAUGCAUACAAACAAAAAUACCUAAAUACACGCGUAUAUAAAAUGUUAAUGUUAUAAAUACGUAUAAAUACAUACAUAUAUAUUUUAACGUUGAUGUAAAAUUAUUAAAAAUACCCAUGCACAGAUGUACAUGCAUAUUUAUGUAUCUUUGUAUAUAUAUAUACACUCCCAUUGGUGGUUUAUCCAAAAUUAUAUGAGAAAUGUGAAAAUUCAAAUAGAAAAUGCGCGCACACAAACAACUAUUAAAAAGAAAUGUAUGUACAAUAAUAUGCAUUGUUAUGUUAAUGAGUAUGAAAUUGAGGAUGUUGAGAUCUUUUUGAUGAUUGAAUAUGAUGUAUGUAGAUGGUGAUUAUUAUUAUUAUUAUUAUUAUUAUUAUUAUUAUACAAUUUUGUACGUUGUACGUUAUUUACUAGCGAAAGAUAAAUAAAUAAAAAAUAUAUUAUGGAAA